AUGCGUGCAAGCCAGCUGGAUGCCGCACGGCUGGACAGCGAGCUCACUGCCAUGUUGAGAGAGCAAUUCAUGCGCAUCUUCUCCCUCUGUCAGCCGAGACUGAUAACAGCGUUGCAGCCGGAGCUGACACUGUUUCUGGAUAUUCUGAUAUUUCGCUUUACAGUAUGGUCUGGCAGACCAACUCCCGGGAGCGCCCUCAUGAACCUGCGGUACAGGAAUGAGAGGCAAGCAAGCAGCCCUGCACAGCCUGGCCGCUCAGGGCUGGAAGGUGCAGGGCUGAAUCGCAUGCAGAGGACAACGUAUGGUCUGGGAGUAGUGGUUCUGCGAUACAUCUGGGCCAGGACAGAUCAGCUGGCGGCCACACAACAUUGGGGUGAUCAGCCACGAGGGUCAUGGGGCCGCCUCAUGUGGCGGAGCAUGCGCUGGGCUGAGAGUGCCUUCAAGCUGGCCUCACUGCUUAAUUUCCUCCUGUUCCUGCGCUAUGGGAGGUACAGGAGCGUGCUUGAGCGCCUGCUGGGAGCGCGGUUGGUGUACUCCAAGGGCUCCAUGGCGCGUGCCCUGUCCUUCGAGUACCUCAACCGCCAAUUAGUGUGGCAUGAGCUGUCAGAGCUGCUGUUGUUCCUGCUGCCACUGAUCAAUGUGGGAAGGAUCAAAGCGCUUGUCAUAUACUUUCUAAUUGCAGAUGGUUCAUCAGGCAGCGAUAGCCGCCAGCUGUGCGCCAUCUGCGGAGCCUCAGAGAUCCAUGUGCCAUAUAGUGCGGUGCCGUGUGGACACAGAUUCUGCUACUACUGCCUGCGCGCCCGCACUCAGUCUGAUCCUAGCUACAAAUGCCCGCAGUGUGGAGCAGGGAUAUCAGCAAUGCGACGAUGGCGACCAGGCCUUGCCAGCAUUCCAUAA